GAUUGUGAUGAUGGGAACCUUGUGACUUUCAUCAUUCAAGACUCAAAGCCACAAGCACAUUCUAAGCCAAAAGCCAAAACUCAAAAGCUAAAAGCCAAAAGCUCUUAUUAUAUACUCGACUAGCACGUAGCAAAGCCUCAAAAUCCCAAGCUCCCCAUCGGCACCAAACCAAAGACUAAGCCUUUAAGCUUCCAAAGCCUCAAAUCCAAACUACCCAUCAUCAACAAGCCAAGGACAAAGCCUUUAAGCCUCCCAACUCUCUCUCUCUCUCUCUCUCUCUUCCACAAAACCUCAAUAUAAACUACCAAUCAAUACAAAACCAAAAGAAUAUAUAAUCAAACUCCAAACACUCCAUUCACACCUCUCUCUCUCUCUCAUCACAUUAAAACUUCCCACAGAAUUCUCCAAGUGCUUAUGCUUGAGCAACAAGCACUGAAAAUUGGAACACCAUGAUCCCAGCAUGUUUCAGCCAGCCCAACACACCCACAAGCACCUCUCAAGUGCCUCAAAACCUCAUAACCUGCAUAUACCAAACUCAGCUUUGCAACUCUCCCACAUAUCUUACUCUCACCUGGUCCAAAACCCUCUUCUCUCACUCCCUCACCAUCCAUGCCUCUAACUCUUUCUCCCUCACUAUCUCUCUCAACCCGUCAACCUUCUCGUUCUUUCGAACCAGACCCGGUUCCAAAUCCAUCUCUCUAACCCACUGCCACCACAAAAGAAUCAAGCUUUACUGGGACUUCACCCGGGCUGACUUCACUCACAACUCCGCCGAGCCCGAGUCUUGCUUCUACAUCGCCAUUUCUUGCAAUGCAAGGCUUGAAUUCUUUCUGGGGGAUCUUUCGGACGAGUUGACUCAGCGAUCAGGGUUACUUCUGACUCACAAGCUCAGCCAACCGGCUUUACUGUCAAGGCGGGAACAUGUGUUCGGGCGGAGGAAUUACAUAUCCAGAGCUCAGUUCUUGGGGUCCAAACACGAAAUCGGAAUAGAGUGCAGCGAGGGAACACUUAGAGUAAAAGUAGAUGGAGUAACAAGCCUCGUUGUCAAAAGGUUGGCUUGGAAAUUCAGAGGCAAUGAGAAGAUUUUUGUUGGCGGAGUAGAAUUUGAAUUUUAUUGGGAUGUCUUCAAUUGGGUUAAUAAUCAUGGUGGCAGUAAUGGGAACGGUCAUGGUGUAUUUGUAUUUCAAGUUGGCGAUGGUGGAGUGUGGCCGGAAAUGGUAGGUCCUGAGAAGAAGUUGAUGAGGAAGAGCUUGUCAACGUCGGCUGCUUCAGCAUCAAUGUCAUCGGUGUCUCCAUCGCCGUCGUGCUCGAGCGUGCUGCAAUGGGCAGAUGAAAGUAGUGAUGGGGGUAGGAGUUCAUGUUCUUCAUCAACUAGGUCGUGUGGUAGUAAUGGAGGAUUUUCUCUGUUGUUGUAUGCUUGGAAGAGGGAUUGACACUUUUAUCUAUUAAUUCCAUUAUGAGGACAUGUUUGAAAUUGGAAAUAAGUCCUUAAUAUUGUAAAUUUCUUGUGUUUUUCCUUUGCGAAAUGACAUCCGCACUCUUGUUCUCCUUCUGCACGCUUAUAUUUAUUUUGGUCUCUUGAAUCUCCUUUGAUUCAUUCAAUUCACAUGCCUAAAAUAAACGAAGGUGUUCACGAGUAUACAAUCAAAG